AUGUGUAAAAGUAUAAAUAUAUGUUUAUUAGGGUCAAGUCUCAGUGGGAAAACUUGUUUAAUUAACUCGUUUAUAUAUUCAAGUUUCUCAGAUGACCAAUAUUACCCAACCAUAGAAAAUAAAUUAAGUAAAAUAUAUUCCUUUAAUAAAGUUUUGUACAAUAUAAAUAUUUAUGAUACUGCCGGGUCUAGCGAAUUAGACAAUUUGGUACCAGAUACUAUUAAAGUUUGUGACGCAUUUAUCAUUGUGUAUUCUUUAAAUAAUAGAGAAUCAAUAGAUAAAAUUGAUUAUUAUAGAGAUUUAAUAUUAAAAUAUAAAUCCACAGGUCAAUAUCUUUCAUCAACAUCAAUAUUUCAACAAUCUCAAUCAAUAAAUAUACCAAUAAUGUUAGUCGCAAACAAAAGUGAUCUCUCUGGCCAUGUAAUUAGUAAAACCGAGUCACAAGAUUUGGCCCAAUAUUAUAAAAUGCCUCUUGUAAUUUCUAGUUGUAAAAAUUUAAACUCUGUCCAUAAUGUUUUCAAUACAAUUUUAAAAGAAAUUCAAAACCAAAGUGAUAAUAUCAAAAAACAAGAAAUAAUUAACAAUAAUAACUAUUUAAAUAGUUUAAAUAAUACAAACAAUGGAGGUGGUGGGGUUAAAAAAAUUUUUAAAACAAAAUCACAAUUUUUCUUUAAUACAAAUCAAAAUCAAAAUAGAACGAAAAGUGAAUAUUGUUUAAAAAAAAAGAAAAAAGAUAUUAUUACAUAUUUCAAAGAUGCAUUAAAAGAUUUUAUAUAA